AUGGAAUUCAAGACUGAUAACGGAUGGAAUAUUAAUACUCUGAACACCAUAUUGCCUAGUGAAGUGGUUAAUGAAAUAGUGCAGAUCUCGAUCACUAAGGCUACUGAUAAAAUGUUUUGGAAACCUAACGCAUCUGGAAUUUUUUCUAUCACCUCGUGUAUACAGCUGUUCAGACAGAGUAAAACAAGACAAAUGGCAUACAAACAUAUCUGGGAUAAGAGAAGGGUAGCUAGGGAAGUCUGGUCUCACUUUAGCAGGGCUAUGAAUGUCCAGGAAAUCAAAUGUGGGCAUCCAAGGUCAAUGCUUAUACACUGGUUUCUGCAAAAGGAAGCUAAUACUGGAGAAAUUAGAAAUGUGAGUCCAAUGGUGAUUAUCUGGUUCCUUUGGAUGGCCAGAAAUAAAGCCAAACAUGAUCACUAUAAUAUAAGGACUGAUAGAAUCAUCAAGCAAGUCUACAUUCUGAUUAACGCCCUUAUACGAGCUGGUAGGAUCAAACAAAAUGGGAGAAGCAAGAGGAAUAAACCCAUAGCUGUCAAGUGGAUUAAACCAGAGGUAGACUGGUUCAAACUUAAUACGGAUGGGGCAUUGAAAGGAAAUGAAUUGGCUGCAGGAGGUGGAUUAUUGAGGAACAACCUGGGGGAUCCAAUAUGGGGAUUUUAUGAGUAUUAUGGUGAAUGCUCGAUACUGGAAGCAGAACUUAGAGCGAUAGAAACGGGGCUGAAAUUAUGCUGGACACAAGGAUACAGGAGAGUGUGGAUUGAAACUGAUUCUAAGACGUCUAUAACACUGAUUAAUCAAAAUAAUGGACCUUGGGGAGUGCAAUAUACUCUUCAAUCUAUUAGAGAAAUCUUGGAGAAUAUGGAGUAUAAACUGUCUCACACCUGGAGGGAAGGGAACCAAGCUGCUGAUUGGUUUGCUGCUAGAGGAUACUGUGAAAAAAGAUAUGGUCUGAUGGAUGCUAAUGAGUUCAAAGGAAGAAUCAAUGGAAUCGUGAAGCUGGAUAGAAUAGACUCAAGGUCUACUGGUGGAUACGUGUUCACACUAGAAGGUGCAGCUGUGUCUCGGAAAUCUUUGAAGUGGACAGUUAUAGCUAGAUCUACAAUGGAAUAUGAAUUUAUCACACUGGAUAAAUGUGGGGAAGAAACAAAAUGGCUACAGCAUUUCUUAGAGGAUAUUCCAAAGUGGUCAAAGCAUGUACCUGCAAUAUGUAGACAUUGUGAUAGUCAAUCUGCAAUUGGCAAGGUACAGAGCAACAUAUAUAAUGAUAAGUCAAGACAUAUUUGUAGAAGACAUAACAGCUUUAGACAACCAAUCUUUACCAGAUAUAUCUCCAUUGACUAUGUAAAGUCAAAGGAUAAUAUUGCAGAUCUGCUAACCAAAGGGUUAAAUAGAGAUUUAGUUGAGAAAUCAUCUAUGGGAAUGGGACAAAAGCCAAUAAAAGAAUAUAUUGAUACAUUGAAAACCCAACUUAGUUGA